GAAACACGAUCUGAUUGGCUGAGGAGCGCACGAGCUCUGAGUAAAGCAAAGGAUGCCAGAGUGCUUAGGCAGUGCAUGGACGGAUGAACGCAGGGGACGACGGCGAAACCGCGUACACAUUGUUUACGGUGCUGCUUUACACUUAGGAGUAGCUUUAAAACUUUCAUACGCUGCUUUUUCUGAGGUUACAUGAGUGUUUCUUUAUCUCGCUACAAGGAAAGUGUGAUGUUUUGGCUGCAUGUUGUGAAAUCCCUCUCUCCACUACCUGCUUCGACACAUCCUCUCAGGAGUGAUGGGUUCUAAGUUGACCAGACAGAGAAGUCUCGAUUUGGAAAGCAAAUUGUCAAAGAGAAGACGCCAGAGGAAUGAAACCCAGGUGGAAAGCGAGAGAAGUGGCGACAGAAGAGACUUCUUGUUUACCUCCCUGAUGCUCAGGUCCGACAAGCUCCCGGGGAUGCUGCGGAAAACCAACCACAGCCCGUACGUCCGCCGGGUGGCCUGGAUCCGGGACAUCCAGCGGCUUCUCCGGGAGCAGAAGACGGAGCAGGCGGCCGAAGUGCUAAAACUCCUGAGAAAGGAUUUGGGACUCCAGGGAACGUCCCUCAAUGACAUUUUGUACAAGAAUGCUGCUUUUCUCAACCUGGUGGACCCCAUUUCCCAUGAGCUGCUGCUCAGUCUCGCACGGGACCUUCAGUGUCCAAAAAGGGAGACUGAGUCCCUCAAGUCCACCAACAAGAUCUGCCGCCAGCUUAUCUACCACCUGACCCCUCACUCUAAGUGGACGAGGCAGAGUGUGCCCAGGAGGAAGUCUCAGGCCUGUCUGAAGACCACCCUGAAGAAGAAACUGUCCGGUGAUGUGGUGAACCUCUCAGGCAUACCGCUGUCUGGCCGAGACGUCCAUCGCGUGGCUUUCUACCUGCAGAGCAGCAGUGACGCAGUGUCGGCUGUGGACCUGAGCUUCACCGAGCUGCAGGACGAAAGCUUAAGGCUGCUGCUGCCUUCGCUCGGCUGCCUGCCCAAACUGUCCAUACUGGCCCUCAAUGGAAACCGUCUGACCAUGGCCAUCCUGAAAGACCUGACAGAUGCUGUGAAGGAUCCUAAGAGGUUCCCAAAACUGGCCUGGGUUGACCUGGGUAACAAUGUGGAUAUCUUUACUGUGCCGCAGCCGCUGCUUGUGGCCCUGCGACGCCGUUUCGGUUUACGCAGCAGCCUCCCAACCAUUUAUGAGUACAGAGAGGCUCAGGCAAUGAGUGGCUCCACACCAAACAUGGAGACCUCUGUGGAGGAGCCCAGCCUCUGUGAGGAAGGCGAUGGAGAUGAGGAUGAUCGAGAGGAGGAGGACAGACUGGAGCUUCGAUCCUGGGGCUUCAGAGAAGAAAACAUAUCAAAAAGUGUGUCAUUGCACUUCUGUGGGAGGUGAUCGCGUCAGUGCUGUUUUUUUUUUUUUUAGACUGAGUGCCCCUUAUAUCCCUCAGAAUCACCUCAACCCUGAGUCGGACCUCCUCUGUUAGCAGGUGUUAUUGUGGCAGAAGCUAACAGUGACCCACAUGUUUCUGUAAAUAAUGUGUCUGCCUGGAUGCUCUACAGUGUGAGGCAGGCACUAAGACCUCAUUUACACGAUUCAACAUUUCAUUGUUCCAGGAGCUGUUUUCAGAGUAUCGAGUUUCUAAAACAUUGUGCUCUUGCAGGUUCAAACUUCUAGCUUUUUCCAAUGUCCACUGGAGGUGCCAGGGGUUAAGUGCCUUGCAAAAGGGCAUCUCAAUAGUAGUGCAUGAGAAAAGAGGGCGAGUUGCUGAUUCCCCUAGCACAUUUACCCAACUGAAUCUGUCUCUCUGACAACUUCAGUCCUGCUGCAACAUUUCUAUGAAAAGUAGGAAUAAGUCCAAGAAGCUUCAUAUCCUACUUCAAGAUUUAUUUUAACUAGUCCAAUAUUUUGGGCAUAAUAUAUUUUUUGAGUCAUAAAUUCUGCUUCCAACAUAUUUCUGUCAUUACACAGGAUUUAUACCCUCAUUCUGAAAUAAUUGCUGAGUGGUGAUAUUUAAUAAAGCAUAUUGAAUCUAUUAAUUUUUGGUUCUUCACACAGAACCAAAAAUGGCACACACAGUUGGGGUGUGAGCUGGCGAUGAACUGAUUUCUGCUGCUAUCAGGCCUCAUUAGGUCCCUUCAGGCUCAGAUGGUGAGCGGAGAGGAUCUUUUUAUUUCUCAGUAAAUAGGACUAGCCCCAGAUAAUUCGUCCAGUCUGGGUUUCAUGAAUGAUUAUAAUAAUGAAUCAGACCACACGCAAUGUGAAAGAUGUUCACAAUGUUUUUAAGGCAAACACAGAUUUGACAACAAAUCUAAAACCAGCUCUGUGUGCACAUACAUCUGUGUUGUGGCAUGGACAUAAUGCAGCAGUUUAUUUUUGUCUCUUCUUAAAUGUGAAGUUUUUGUUUUUGUAAAAAAAAAAAAAGAAAAAAAAAGAGUUAAAUGGGCAUGACUGUUAAUUGAAGAAAUAACAUCAGAUCCCGCCGUAAGAGAGCAUGAUUACAUGUGGUUUAUUAUGACUACUUAUAUACGAAUAUUCUGGGGGGUAUUUGAUAAAACUUGCCGCAUGUGAACGCAACAUUUCAUCCUGCUUACAGAUGUUGAUGUGAUUUCCAUGCUAUUUUUCAGGAUAGUCUGUUUGUGUCUACAGGGAUGUUAAUUAACAGGAUGCUUGUGUGUGUGUCCGUUUGUUUGUUUGAGUGU